GCCGCCUGACCCCCGCCUCGCCCGUCGUUGUGUUGCAGGUGAGCCGCUGCGGCCGGAGCUGCCGGUAGCGCGGCGAGAGGCGCGGAGCCAUGGGCGAGAACAGCCCCGAGGGCGACGCCAUCUACUAUGAAGCGGAGGAAGAGGACUUGGCCCAGGAUGAAAACAUGAUGAGGUUCGCCGACAAAAACGGGCUGGUGUCCUCCUCGUCCGGCACGGUGUAUGACAGGACAACUGUGCUCAUCGAGCAGGACCACAGCGUGCUGGAGGAUGAGGAGGAUGAAGGACAGUGCGGUGACCACUUGCCUUUCCUGCCCGAGGGUCAUGAAGAAGGAUUUCAUUUAAUCGCAGACCAUGAAGGGAUGUCGCAGGGUUACGUGCAACACAUCAUUUCUCCAGAUCAGAUUCACCUGACAAUAAAUCCCGGUUCAACUCCCAUGCCAAGGAACAUCGAGGGAGCAACUCUCACUCUGCAGUCAGAGUGCCCAGAGACCAAGAGGAAGGAGGUGAAGCGCUACCAGUGCACCUUUGAGGGCUGUCCCCGCACCUACAGCACCGCUGGCAACCUGCGCACGCACCAGAAAACGCACCGGGGGGAGUACACCUUCGUGUGCAACCAGGAGGGCUGUGGCAAGGCCUUCCUCACCUCCUACAGCCUCAAAAUCCAUGUCCGGGUGCACACCAAGGAGAAGCCCUUCGAGUGCGACGUGCAGGGCUGUGAGAAGGCGUUCAACACACUGUACAGGUUGAAAGCACAUCAAAGGCUUCACACAGGGAAAACAUUUAACUGUGAAUCAGAAGGCUGCAGCAAAUACUUCACAACGCACAGUGACCUGAGGAAGCACAUCCGAACCCACACAGGAGAAAAGCCAUUUCGGUGUGAGCAUGAUGGCUGUGGGAAGGCUUUUGCUGCAAGCCACCACCUCAAAACACAUGUUAGAACACAUACUGGGGAGAAACCCUUCUUCUGUCCCAGCAAUGGUUGUGAGAAGACUUUCAGUACCCAGUACAGUCUCAAGAGUCACAUGAAAGGUCAUGAGAAGGGACAUUCCUAUAAUGCACUUCCCAAUAACAAUGUGUCUGAGGAUACAAGUCACUCACUUUGUCUGAGUGAUUUAAGCCUCAUAUCAACAGAUUCAGAAUUGCGGGAGAACUCUAACCCAACACAUGGACAGGACCUCAGCACAAUCUCACCAGCAAGCAUCUUUGAGUCUAUGUUUCAGAGCCCAGACCACACUGCAAAUCAGGAUGAGUCUCAGCAGACAGCAGCUUCCUUGAUGGAAGGGUUUAACGGCGACGCAGACUCGGUGGCUGCGGUCCCGCCCCCGGCAGGAGACGCGGCCUCGUUGUCCCUCCCCCUGGUCCUGCAGCUCGGCCUCCCUGAGCCGGCCCAGGCAGCGCUGCAAGCCUCGGCAGCCCCCGCUGCUCCCUCCUCCAUAGCGCCCGGCUCACAGCCAGCUGCGUUUGGGAAUCCUGCAACUGUUUUACAAUCCCCAGAAGUGCCUGUUCCUCACAGCACACCGUUUGCAGCCAGUCACCAAGACUUCCUGCAGCACAGCCAGCCUCCACCGCAGCCCAUUGUUCAGGGACUGUCAGUGGUUGCUGGGGCUCCUGCCCCGACAGCCCCGAGUGCCACCGAGCCCCUGCCAGCUGUAGUCCAGACUGUGCCUGUUGGUGCAAACCCUGUUUUGACCAGUAACCCCACUAUAACCAUUACUCCUUCUCCAAGCACCGCCAUUCUGCAGCCCAGCAUUGUCAUGGGAGAGCAGAACUUGCAAUGGAUCUUAAAUGGUGCCACUGGUUCCCCACAAAGCCAAGAACAAAUGCCACAAGUUCCAAAAGUAGUAGAAAAGGUGUUUUUUACCACUGCAUUACCAGUAGCUGGUAACACAGGAAACCCUGUUCAGCAGAUUGGUCUCAGCGUUCCUGUUAUCAUUAUAAAGCAGGAGGAGGCCUGCCAGUGCCAGUGUGCCUGCCGAGACUCUGCCAAGGACAAAGCCACCUCCACCGUGAAGAAGGAAUGUUCCUCACCUGAAUCAAAAGCUUUGGAGCAGCCAGCUUCCCAGCUGCAGCCUCAGACCUUUCCUUCCUCCUCUGCUCCUCCUUCCUGUGGGCAGAGCAGUCAGAUAGUUAACCCUUCAGACUCCCAGACUGAAACAUUAAGUGCCAUGGAUGUAUCGGACUUCCUGUCCCUCCAAAGCCCUGAAACCCCGUCUAAUAUAAUUCCAAUUGAAGCACUACUGCAGGGUGAGGAAGAAAUUGGUUUGAAUAGCAGCUUCUCUAAGUGAAGAUGUUCCAGAUUUUCCUUUGCACCUGGAGGGUAAAACCCUUCUCCUUAGAAGCAGAAACUGAAGGAUCGAUUCUUAUUCCUUCCUCUUUGGAAGUUUUGUGGCUUAUUUCUGCUUCACGGAUGUCAUCUUAGUCACGUCCCAGGUACAUCCACCUUUCAGAUUCUAUCUAAAAAAAGAAAAGGUAAAAAAAAAAAGAAAUAGCUAAGUUAUAUAUGAACUGUUUUGGCUGCACUGUCUGUCACUUUUGCUUGUCAUAUGUGAACACAGAAGUUAAGGUUACUCGUGUGCAAAAAGAUUUUUAAAAGGAAAAGGGGGGUUACUUUGUCUCCAAUUGCACCUCACUUAUGUUUGGGAUUAAGGUACUGGCAGCAAGUGGGUCUUUGUUACAACUUCUUGGGUCUCUAAUCUUCUGUCUGUCAUGUCUCUACUAACCAUGCACUAAAGGGGAGCCCAGGAAAGGAGGCUGUGGGGAGGAAAUGGCAUAGCUGGGGGAGAGCAUUUAUCUGCAGUGUGAUUUGAAUGCGAUUGUCACAUACCUGAUGAGGAGCUGGUGCCUGGUUUUGCUGUGUACUGAUGCUACUAAAGCCUCCCGGAGCUUUGGGGGAGUUUAUUUCAGAAUAGAUCUGUUAAUUUAAUUCCACUAGGACUCGAGUGUGUUGCAGACACUGUGUCACAACAUGGAAGCACAGUUGGAGCCCUGCUGGCUCUGGCUCCAGUCUGUUUUCUUGGCCUCUCCGAAGGGUGCAGUGAGUGCCAGGCGUGGUCAGGUUGGUGCCUGCUGCUCUUUUGAUUUCUUAGGCUCUGUUCAGCAACAAGUCAUCAUCCUAACCCUGGGACUGUUGAUUCAGGAGCAUGGUGCCUUUGCUGGUUACUCUCAUCUUUUGUGAAGAACAACCCUUAAGAAAAUUUUGAGAAAGAUUCAACAUAAAUUCAGUUGGAAUUCAGUGAGUCUGUCCUUCAGUUGUCCAUACAUGCUUCUUUUUUUUCCAGUGAGCUAUAUAAUUUCUGCCUGACUCUGCCUCCAGCCUACUGCAAUGCCAGCUUUUUGUGCACGGGGCUAUUUCUUGACUAAAAGAUGUUACACAACAGAAUAGUUUUUCAUAUCAAACUGAGAGUCUAUAUUCUAACCUACUCAGGGUAAAUCAAAUCCAAACCCCCCCUUCCACCAAAAAGCCUGUAAUGUUGCAAUAAAUGCAGUCUCAUUCUAAA